AUGGCGACAACUGCUAGACCUCCUGCUUCAUUGCACAGGAGUGCUUCAUCCCUCAGCCAUGCUGGCCCUGGAGGUUCUUUCAAUGCCGGUGUGAGCUCUGCCUCUGUCAAUUCGACACCUGUUGGUACUCCUCCACCGACAGCUAGUUUCUCUGAGAGUCAAAAUCCGGCUCCGCUUAUAUAUUCGGCGGUAUAUUCAGGAGUUUCCGUCUACGAAAUGACAGUAAACAACGUGGCAGUAAUGCGCCGGCGGGAUGAUGACUGGUUAAACGCUACACAGAUCCUGAAGGUGGCGGGUGUUGAGAAGGGAAAGAGGACAAAGGUUUUAGAGAAGGAAAUUCUCACCGGUGUUCAUGAAAAAGUGCAGGGAGGGUAUGGAAAAUAUCAGGGUACUUGGAUUAACUUUGAGCGAGGAAAGGAAUUCUGUCGGCGGUACGCUGUUGAAGAUGUCCUACGUCCGUUAUUAGAGUACAACCCUCAUCGUGACGGUGUGGAUGCUACACCUACGAAAGAGCAGGCAAUGGCGGCGAAAAGGAAACGAAUGUACAAUUCUAGUUCACAAGCUGCAAGUAAUUCGCAAGGGAACUAUUUUUCCAAUAUCUCCGAAACCGCCUCUACCGCCCUCGCCGCCAUCAGUAAAGCCGCCCAGUAUGAUACAAAUCCGAGAGCGACUCCGAAGCUUACCCCUCAGAAUUCAUUCAACAUACCCCAAUCCCAGGAAUCGACGCAGAAUAACACUUAUCCCAUGGAAGCUAGUUUUGCGCCGACAAUACCGGACCAAACGUCCAACUACGGUGGAUCCUUUGGCCCCAACAACUACGGAAACUCGGCAGCAGACCUCAGCGAGCCUCCAAGGAAGAGAUUUCGACCGACCCCGGAUUCGGAGCAGCAACAAUUUGGGGCCACAUUUGUUGAUGUUGAGUCAACACCGCGGGCACUCCUCCCUAUUGUGCGGGAACCCACUCCUUCAACUGAGAAAGCGACAGAGAUCUUAACAAGCUUGUUCAUCUCUCCGCCCUCGGCAGGACCGGCUAGUUAUGAGGACCAUCCGGAUCUUCAACAACUCACAGCGGAGGAGAUUGAACUACCUAUAGACAAAAUGGGUCAUACGGCAAUGCAUUGGGCUGCUGCGUUGGCGAACAUUCCCUUGAUUAAGACCCUUGUCUCGAAGGGCGCCUCUGUUCUAAGAGUGAACUUUGCGGGCGAAACACCGUUAAUACGAGGCUGCCUCGUUACCAACAACUUAGAAAACUCGACAUUCCCAGCUCUUCUCGAUCUCUUGCAUUUGGGAAUAUCAGUAGUCGAUGACUCCGGACGAACAGUACUGCACCACAUUGCCCUAAUGUCAGGGAUCAAAGGGCGGAGUCAGGCUAGCAGGUACUAUUUGGAAAGUCUUCUUGAGUUCGUUGUAAAAUACGGCGCUGCAAACUCGAGCAACCCGAAUAGCAAGGGUAUCAAUUUGGGAAGAUUCAUGUCGGAGAUUGUCAAUGCGCAAGAUAAGAGUGGCGACACGGCCUUGAACAUUGCUGCACGCAUAGGCAAUAAGAGUAUAGUGUCGCAGCUGCUGGAAGUCGGCGCUGAUCCCGCCAUUCCAAACCGUGCGGGAUUGUGUCCUCUGGAUUUUGGAGUUGGUGGUGACCCGGUGCAGAUUGUACGUCCAAGAGAUCAGCCAUGGGUGGUUCCACAGAACGUGUUGCAAAAAAGUGAGGAUAUCGUUACUUCGAUGACUAGCAUGAUAAGUGGGCUAGAUGGUGAUUUCCAGGCCGAAAUCAAGGAGAAACAAACCGAAAUAGACGCAACCCACACGCAACUUCGUGAAAUAACACUGAAGCUGAGCGAGGACCGACGAAAGUUGGAAAUGCUUCGGCAGCGAAUCAAUGAGAAAGCGGAGCUAGGGCAAAAGAGUCAAAACCUCAACCGAGCGGCCCAAGAAGAGAAAAGAAAAUUCUUAGAUCUUCACAACAAGUUGGCAAACGGACAGGUUACCGAGAACGACUUAUCGGCAUCAGACCCAAAUGAACCUUACAAACUUAGCCCGGAGAUGGUGAACGGAGAUUUCAAGAAUCUGACGGCUACCCAGUCACAAUAUUUGAAGACGCUACCACCAGCAUCGAUAUUAAAAGCCCGUACUGUGGGAUAUGAGCUCAACGAAAAGAUUUUAGACGAGUUAGCGCAGACACUCCGAGGUCGGUCAUUGGAACUCGAGGCCAACAUCAAGAAGGUUGUGGCAUUGUGCGCUGGCGUUGAGGAGAACAUGAUUAAUGAUGUUCUCGGAGGGCUGUUGCAGUCUGUUGAAAGUGAGCCUGUGGAUGUAGACACGGCUCGAUUAACAUCGUUUCUAAGGAAAGUGCAGGAGACACAGACAUCAGUCUAG